AUGCCAUCUAGUUCACUUGCAUUCUUUCAGGAAGAAAAUUUGCCAAAAGUCCAUAUCUCCAGCAAUGUGGAUGGCUCUGAAAUGGUCCCACAAGCUGCUCAGCUCCAGGGUUUCCUGAUAGCGCCGGGACCCUCCAAAGCUGCCAAGACGCCGCGUGCAAUACUGCGAGUGAAAAAUGUGCCUCCGAGGGCGGCCAAGGCAGCGCCGAGCUCCGAGCUGGCCCCAAGCGCCUUCCCCAUCGAGAGAUCACAGAGCAGGAUCAGCCUGUCCGCUUCCUUCGAAGCCCUGGCCAUCUACUUCCCGUGUAUGAACUCCUUCGAUGAGGAAGACACCGAUGGAGAUGGCCGUAAACUACGAGGUGCAAUCCAACGCAGCACAGAGACAGGACUUGCGGUGGAGAUGCCGAGCAGGACUGUACGUCAAGCCAGCCAUGAGUCCAUUGAAGAAAGCAUGAAUAGCUAUGGCUCUGAAGGGAACUUGAACUAUAGUGGAGUCUGCCUGGCCUCUGAUGGGCUCUUCAGGGAUUUCCUGGAUGGAAUGGGUCCUGCACAGUUUGUGGGGCGUCAGACACUGGCCACACCAUCGAUGGGUGAUGUGGAAAUUGGGAUUUUGGAGAGGAAUGGGCAGCUGGAGGUGGAGGUGAUCCAAGCUCGUGGUCUCACCCCGAAACCAGGCACAAAGUCUCCUCCAGCUGCUUAUAUUAAACUCUACCUGUUGGAGAAUGGAACGUGUGUGGCGAAAAAGAAAACAAAGAUGGCUCGGAAGUCCUUGGAUCCCCUGUACCAGCAAAUCCUGAUCUUCACUGAGAAUCCACAGGGAAAAAUCCUCCAGGUGAUUGUGUGGGGUAACUACGGCCCGAUGGAUCGCAAGUACUUUAUGGGGGUGGCUCAGGUGCUGCUGGAGGAGUUGGAUCUUUCGAGUGCAGCGGUCGGAUGGUACAAGCUCUUUCCCACCUGCUCCAUGGUGGACCCACCCCUGGCUCCACUCCUGCGUAACGCCUCGCAGCUCUCUCUGGAGAGCACUGUAGGACCCUGCUGUGACCGGUCAUAACAGCGGCGGAAACUUUCUCAUUCUUUAUUUAGUGCCGAGCUUUCCGGCUGUGCAGGGGGCCCCCUGAAGGGAGGUGGGUGUCCUUCCACAAGAUGCAUGUUUGACUCGGUCAUUCCACCUUGGAGCCUCUUUUGGCCAAAGGGUAAUUGAGUCACUGGCAAUAGCAUCAAAGAGGGAGGAGGUAACUAUGACACCUUUGUGUCUGGCACUGCCCCUGUGGAGGAUGGUGGUAGUUUCAUUGUUUCAUGUGGCCAUUGUCUAAAUCCACAUUUUUAUUUAUUAGACUUCAAUGACCUCACCAUCUAGUCAAUGUGCCGACUGGAUUUCUCCAACCACAGGUUUACAAUUCUAUUGACAGUUCCUUAGAUUUUUAAAGUGUCAGUUAAACCCACAAAUUUUUGAGAAGCCCACCUCUUUGGAAUGCAAGCAAUAUGCUUUGACAGCUUUGGAAAGUGGGAUUAUUAUAGUAUUGAAAGGUCAGGACAGACUCAGUGGGCCUUUUCUGUGCUGUAUGAGCCUAGGGCCUCCCACGUCAAAGAUGCAAAGCUGACUUAAAGAUCUUGCACCUAAUUGUGAGCUCCACUCAUCAAUGUAGACUGGAGAUGUUGUUAACUGUAGAAUAAACAGGACGUCUGAGGUCUUUAGUUCCAGAGAAAAUCUAUCAUGUCUGAGAGCUGGAAAACCAAUUUCCUUGGAUAGUUCUUCAUUAAGUUGACAUUGCACUUUAGUUUGUUACCACAUGCUUCCAACAUACACUAUAUGACAGUUUGCUAUCAUUAGAGUUUACAUCAAUAAAUACUUUAAAUGUA